UGAAAUUGUUGCAGGCUGCGUUAAUAUUUUUGUUCAGUAUAAUAACAUCGUAUGCGAGCCUACGACCGAGAAAAAUCCACCCAGUCUUAGAUCUCUCUUGAUGUAGUGUUGUAGUGUAUCUAGUCGUGAUGUGUGUUUUGUCCUAUUUUUUUUUUUUUAUCCCCGCCCCAAGCCCCCGUCCCCUUUUGCCUUUUUAUAGGCUGACAUUGUAAAAAAUAAUUUGUUCUUAACUGACUUGCCUAGUUAAAUAAAACAAAUAAAAAAUCCACCCGCGCCGUCACAACACAAGGAACGUGGUCAGCAACGGGUCGUCACUAGUUACCACAGCCACAAAGAAAACCCCCGCCUAUUUCUACAAUAUGUCUUCUUGAAAUUAGAUUUGAAUCCUAACCAUAUCAUUUACCCUAACCUUAAAUACACGGCUAACCUUAUGCCUAAUCCUAACCUUAAAUGAAGACCAAAAAGCACAUUACAUUUUUUAUUUUAUUUUUAACAACAACCAAUUUUGACUUUAUGGCUAUGCUAUCUAGUGGAAACCUUCCAAGUGGUGCCAGGGCAGGUAGCGAUUGGACCAUCUGGAUGUCUAUCGCUUUUUUUGUGUGUGUGGGGGGGGUCAGUUAUAUACAGAUGCUGGGUCAGUUAUAUACAGUCAUUGGUUUGAAGCAGCUUGCGAAUAUAUCCAAUUAUUGAAGGGUAAAUCAGUGGUAGCCUAUUUAAUUGAACUGUGGAAGGCUGGAAUUUAUUUUCGAAGUUAGCAACGACACCAGUAUCUUAAAGAUGAACCGCCGCGUAAAUUAUCGCUCCAUUUUGCCUUUACGCCAAGAACUUUACUGAUAGGCUACAUUUAGCGCCAUACGGUGUUUUUAUUGGAUAUAUGCUAUAUUUUCUAUUUUGGUCUGGAUAUCGAAUCAUACGGUGAUUUGAAUACAGCCAACUGCAGGAUCAACCGUUUGUUGAUAAACACGAAUCCUUUCUCAUACAGGACCACCUCCGGUGCAUUGAUGCACCCGUUUCAGUGGUUUAACGGGUGCUUCUGUGGUCUGGGACUGGUCUACUCCAACAAGUCGUGCACCAUGCCUCCCAUCACCUUCCAGGACCUGCCCCUCAACAUCUACAUGAUCAUCUUCGGAACAGGCAUCUUCAUCUUCAUCCUCAGCCUCAUCUUCUGCUGUUACUUCAUCAGUAAACUAAGACACCAAGCCCAGAGCGAUAGGUUUGGCUACAGAGAGGUGGUUUUAAAAGGAGAUCCUAAGAAGUUGAAUCUCCAUGGGACGUGUGCUGUUUGCCUGGAAGACUUCAAAGUCAAAGAUGAGCUAGGAGUGUUGCCAUGCCAACAUGCCUUUCACAGGAAGUGUCUGGUGAAAUGGCUGGAGGUGCGCUGUGUGUGCCCCAUGUGCAACAAAACCAUUGCAGGACCCCCAGAACAGCGCAACAGCAUAGGAACACUACUGGACGAACUGGUGUAACCUAACAACAAGCACGGCGUGGGCACUGUGAGCUGGUGUAACCUAGCAACCAACAGAAAGUGAACGCUAUUGUCUGGUGUAUCCUAGAAACCGCCCACAGAUGACUGUGAAAUGGUGUAACCUAGCUACCACCUGGAGAGGACUGUGAGAGCUGCUGUUACCUAGCAACCAACACAGAGCUGCAUACUUGAGUCUACACCACACACCACAGACAGUCUCCAGCUACCCACACUUCACCCCGUCACUCUCUCUUUGUCUCUGACUGUCUCACUCUUUUUCUCUCCCCCAUUUUCUCUCACUAGCCUUCUCUGUCCUUUCUGUCACGCUCUCUCUUUCUGUCUUUCUUCUGUUGUCUCUUUGAUCUCUC